CACACCCUCGCAAUGUCCUCCCCCUUUCCCUCCUCCCACGACUGGUAUAACCUCGACCUCCCCCUCUACGCCUUCCUCUCUAACCUCUCUGUCGACCCUUCCCUCCACUCUGCAAUCACCUCCAUCGCCCGCGAUCACCUCCUCCUCCUCGCUGCCGCCUUCCUCCCUCUCGCCCAUGUCAUCGCCCUUGCCGUGCGCUGGCUCCUUGAGGACGAGGACGAUCAUGACCUCUGGGGACGUAAUAUCGUGGCUCCUGCUGUCGUAUCAGAGCGGCAGGAGGCAGCAGCGUUAGGCGGGGCAGGGACGGGAGGCUUCGAUAGGAGAAAGAUGCUGGAGCCGUGCUUUGGACAAACGUUCAAGGUCAAGCGCAUGGGGAUUUAUUAUUCGGAUUAAUUUAGUUGGAAGAACAGCGAUUUCAGUCCAGUAGGAAUGCACUUGGAAUGAUUUGAGCUCUGCCGAGAUGAUUUCAAGACUCCGAAGGAAGGAAUCUGGUUCAGCAUGAGUGGACGGCAAGUGUAGCUGUAGUCUGUUCUCACAACGGUACAAAGGCUGCAAGGGCUGUACAUGCUCCUGACCCGUUGAGAUACACUCAGUCCUUGUCGGUAGACAGAGAGCGCGGCAAAGCACCUGGAGAUUUCUCCAGCAAUGUUACGAUUCACCUGCUCCCCCAGGCUUGCUUUCAGUGUGCGACCGUGACUGUCACACGAGUCUCAUGGCAGGAUCGUACGUCCGUUCAUUUGCAACGAGUCUCAAAUAAACUUUUCUUGACU